GCGGGGAUUUCUUUUUCCUCCUGGUUUGUGGAGUGGCUCGGUGCUAACUAAAAUAAAGUUUAUGGCCGUGACUCACGCGUACGAUUAACUAUAUUCGUAGUUUAGCGUGGUUAGAUAGAGAGAACGCCGUGCAUCCGGGUGGCCUUCAGUUCGUUCGAAAACAGCGAAGGUGAGGAAAAGCGCACCACAUCAAGGAGAAUCGAAAGAAAAUCACAACAACGAUGGACGUGAUCGAGAUUGUGGGUACGGUUUUCGGCAUCGUAGUGUUCUGUAUGCUGAUUAAAUGGUGCUGCAGUCGACGCUCCAACCAGGGCAUGGUGAUAGCCACGCCCGUGGUGAUAACGUCCGAGACACACCGUGUUGCUAACGCUGGUCAGACGCAGCUGCCCCCCGGGGCGGUCAUUCAGGGCCAUCCGACGGGAACCGCUGCUUAUCCGGUUGUACAACUAGCCUAUCCCACGAAUCAGUCCUACCCUGCCCAACCGUAUCCCAUUGCUCAGCAGUUCCCGGUGCAGUCUGGAUCCGGAGCGCCUCCCCCACAGAACACGGUUCAGUUCCCUGCGCUACCCCCACAGGCCCAAAUUAUGCCAGGCGGGGCUCCGGGAGCCACGGCACCAGCGAUGGCUGGAGGUGCACCGAUGAUGAACCCUCCUAGCUACGAUCAGGUGAUGACGGAGGCGUACGCUCCCCAGGCACCGUAUAAUCCCGACUACAAAGGUUAACCAUCCAGUGUGCCGGUACUUAUCGAUUCGCUGAAUUGUGAUCCCGAUCGAACAACACGAACUUCCAACGAAACCAACAGUCUAUCUCGUUGUGAGCACGCCACAAGGACGCGUGUCGCAUGAAUAUGAACCCCUACUUAUUGGUUGGGUUCGGUAGGAUAUAAGGCCUAGACAAAGGAAUGGCGCGGAGCGUAAUGCCAUUGAGUAGAAUACUCGCAUUUAUGUUACACCUCAACAUGUAUGUACCCAUCUGAAAAAAAGGGUAAGAGAUAAUGUAAAUAAAUUAAGUGAAAUGCGUAUGGUCCCGGGCAGCGCAUCCUGGAUCAUCCCGCCUAAA